AUGGCUUCUCUUUGGAGCUCUCUGGAGAAAGAUAUGUUCAACCAGCUGGAAACCAUUCGUGUCUGGAGGGCAGGGAAGAAGAAGAAGAUGUUCAUUCUUUCCAUUGUGGUGCACACCUUUUGGCCAAUGCAGCUGCUUCUGGUGAAGUUCAGAAUGGAGCAAGGAGAGCAGCACAAGAUAGGUGGCUGGUGGCCUUUAGAACAGCUGAAGCUGGUGGAUGGCAAAGCUCUCAGUCAGGUAGGCCUGGAGUUUGAGCUGCAUUUCAAUAAGGUCUACCAGUGGACAGCAGGCAGCUUUGAUGAGAAGCAAAGCUUUCUCAGAUGCUUGUGGAAGCUGAACCAGCACUUCCUCGCCAGCUCUGUCACCUUUGUCAACGUCUCCUCCUGUGCAGCAGAAGGGAGGCAAAGCCCCCAGCAAGAAAGGAAGGACACAGUGGAGGCUGAGAGUCAGGAGGAGCUCAGUGCCUACCAGGAGAUGACACCAAAGGAAGCUGCUGAUGUGUUGAAGCUGAUGGAGGAGUACAAGCCCCUUGUGAACAACUCUGUGGCCUUUGCAGAGCAGCUGAGCAAUGAUCUCCAGAUGCUGGAUGAGGCCAACCUUAGAGCCAUCAUCUCUUCUGAGAAGCAGGUGACACAGCUGAUGACCUUCAUUGACGAGGCCCUGGCAGAGGUGGCCAGAGUGGAGCAGACCUUGCAGGUCUGGGAUGAGUUGCUGGGAGGUGUGAAGCAGCAGAUGGACCAGAUCUGCCAAGAAAACUCCUUGCACCACUGCAUCAUUUCCAACAAGCAGAGGCUGAUGGAUGAGAUCCUCUUCCUCGUGACCCACCUGGACCUCAGCAGGGAGCACUGUGAUGUCCUCAGCCAGGCAGAUCUUUCCAGCCCCAGCAGAGUGGAAGCCUGCACUGCUGCAGCAGAGGCUUUGGCUGCCUGCAUGGACAUCCAGAUACAGCCUGGUUACAGGAAGCUUCAGGCUGUGGCCGAGCAGCUGAUCAUGUUUGAAACCCUCAAGCAGAACCUGGAAAAUGCUUUCAUCACUCACAUCACCAACAUCUUCAAGCUCCAGGGAAACCUUCAGGGGUCUCCUCCCAGCCAGCCCACUGACAAGCUGUGUGCACCAAGCCAUGGACUGCACCACCAGGAACUGCUGCCCUACACCCCACUCAUGGCCUGGCUGAGGAACACCAACCCAGCUCUGUUCUGGGAUCUCCCCAAGGUCUAUGCCCAGGACCUCAGCAGACUCUAUGACCAAGAAAUCAAAACUUUCUUUGAGCAUGCCCAGACCUUCUUGUUAGGAAGGAGAAAAGGAAGUCUUCAGGAAAGCUUGGAGAAGCUGAUGGGGAUCAGGCAGCAGUCUCACUGGAGUCUCCCUGGGAGCAGAGAAGACCAGAAAGACACAUCAACCAAAGGCAAUGUCAUCAAGCAGAUAUUGGGGCAGGUGCUGAGAGAGCUGCAAACCCUUUGCACUGCAGAGCAGCAGUUCAUUGAGAAGUUCUUCCAGCUAAGCCACAAUGCUGCAGACCUUCCGGUGCUGGAGGUAAGAAAAGAGAUCACAGCAUCUCCAGAGGACCCUCCUUGCCCUGAGCCUCAGAGCCAACUAGAAGAGGCUACCACGCAGGUGCUGAGUGAGGUCUUCAGUUGCCUGGAACCAGAGCUGAGAGGAUUUCUAGAUGCCUGCAAUAAGGUUCACCCAUUCAGCUGCUUGCAGGUCCUGGUUACCUUGAAUGAUUUCAUCUUUGAGAACUGGGGCUCUUCCUCAGCUUUCCACUGCUCCUUCCUCAACACCAUCCUGGGCAAUGUGCUGCUGGUGGCCAAGAGCAACUUCACAAGAUGCAUUGGGACCUUGUGCAAAGAGAUGGAGGAGGCAAAGAUGCCCAGCAGGACGAGAGGGGGGAUCCUGCCCUCCGUCAGCCGCUUCGAGGAGCUGGUGAACUUCUCCGAGGAGCUGUGCAGGGCAGCGCGGGGGAGGAGGGAGCUGGACAGAGCACACCUCAGGCUGGCCAGAAGUGUCUUCAGCAGCAUCAAUAGCUUGUCCUCAGCAAACCUGAAGGUGAGCACAGAUAUGGUCAUGAUGGAAAAUUUCCACCACAUUCACUGCUUCCUGUGCCAAAAGGAGAUCCCCUGCCUGGAGGACAUGAAGAGAGAAGCCAAGCAGAGGUAUAGUGAGCACAUGGAGAAAUACAUCAUCCAGAACCUGGGCCAGCCACUGGAGAAGCUCCAUCACGUCUUUGAAGGGGUGAAAGCUCGUGUUGCUCAGGGGGUGAAAGAAGAAGAGGUCAGCUUCCAGCUGGCCUACAGCAAGCAAGAGCUGAGGAAGGUCAUUGAGAAAUACCCUGGCAAGGAGGUGAAAAGAGCCCUUGAGACCCUCUACAGGACAAUGCACAAGUGUCUCUGCCCAGAGGAAAACCUUCUGCCGGUGGUGUGGCAUGCCAUGGAGCAGGAGCUCCUACGUCAGUACCAGCAGUUUGAGGAUCUGAUCCAAUGCUGCUAUGCAGGGUCAGGGAUCACCAUGGACUUCACCAGGGAGGACUUGCUGAGCUACUUCAACUCCAUCACUCUGUCCAACACGUAG